UAAACAAAACAAAAGCCACGUGCGAUUGGGUCGUGCGGUUUGUGUAUUGAAAAGUGUGUGUAGUUGCUAACAGGUAUUUUAGAGUGAAAUUUUAUUAAGUGCAUUCGAAAUAAACCAGAAAUGAGUUCCGCCCAAUUUGAGGAUGCUUUGGACGAUACCACAGAAUCGCUUAACAUAAUUAGUCUCGUUAAAACUUCCUGCCAUGACUCAGAUACGCAGGACACGCAUAAAGCUCACAUGACGGCGGAGGUUGCUAUCGCUAAUGCAUUAUUUGGUGAUGGUCGUUUGCGAGCACACGGUUCCGGAGCAGAGGGAAGUGAUGAAAAUACAAGUGAUGCUGAGGAUUGUGAAGAGGAUUCAUUUUAUUUGGACAUAGAUAAUUUCAAGAAAAAUCAUGUCUCAAAUGUCCAACAAUCGCAUUCCAAUGUACAAAGUAAUAGUACGAAAAUUUCCAAUUUUCAACCAGCGGAUGCGUUAUUUAAAAAGUUUACUAAUAAAAUUAUCGUGGAAAAAUACGAAGGGCCAUUAGCUCUUCCUACCCACGCAAAAAACAAACUUAUUGAAACGCAAAGGAGAGCGGACAACGAACGCUUGAGAAGUAAAGAUAAGCAGGAUCGUGCAACAGCUGAACAAGUAAUGGAUCCCAGAACGAGAAUAAUUUUGUUCAAGUUGCUAAGCCGGGAGCUAAUCUGUGAAAUCAACGGAUGUAUAUCAACCGGUAAAGAGGCUAACGUUUAUCACGCUACGUCAAAGGUUGGAAUGGAUUACGCUAUAAAAAUAUUCAAAACAUCUAUUUUGAUUUUCAAAGACCGGGACAAGUAUGUAACAGGAGAGUUUCGUUUUCGGCAUGGUUACAGUAAGCAUAAUCCAAGAAAGAUGGUGCGCACGUGGGCAGAAAAAGAAAUGCGAAAUCUGGUGCGAAUGAAGAAAUGUGGGUUGCCCGUACCAGAACCCAUUUUACUAAAAAGUCAUGUACUUCUAAUGCAGUUUAUCGGACAAGACGGAUGGCCAGCACCUAAACUCAAGGAUGUGGAAUUGACCUGUUCCAAAGCAAGAGAGUUGUAUCGGGAUGCAGUCGAAAUUAUGUGGAAUAUGUACAAUAAGUGUAAGUUGGUGCAUGCCGAUCUAUCCGAGUUUAAUAUUUUGUAUCACGAAGGCAAGAUAGUCAUAAUCGAUGUAUCGCAAUCCGUUGAGCAUGAGCACCCACAUGCCUUAGAAUUUUUAAGAAAAGAUUGUACAAACCUAACUGAAUUCUUCCGCAAGAAGGAUGUCUCUACAAUGACAGUGAAGGAACUCUUUGAUUUCAUAACCGAUCCAACUAUAUCCGAAGCAAACAUGGAGGAAUGCUUAGAGAAAAUGUCGAGCAAAAUUGCUAAUCGCAGCUUCGACGAAUUUACUGAACAGCAAAAACUAGAGGAGGCGAUAUUUAAACAAAUUUUUAUACCCAAAACACUACACGAUGUGUACGAUGUUGAACGAGAUAUUUUCGAGGAGCAAAAUAGAACCAGCUUGGUUUACAAAACGAUAACUGGGCUAGAUGGAAAUCUACAGGUGAUGGAAACCCCGGAAAUUUUAUCGCCGACUGAACCUGAAUUGCAUGAAGAAAAAUCCAUAUCUUCAUCUGCAGAAGAGUCUGGUAGGGACGACGACGAUAAUGUAGAUCAAACCAAAACAUCGGCAAUUCGACAAAAAAAUGAAACAUCUGAAGAUCGCCGUGCUCGCAAGAAAGCUGUAAAAGACGAGAAAGCAGAAAAACGCAAAACGAAAGUGAAAAAACACAUUAAAAAGCGUAAAGAAAAAAUGGGAGCAAAAAAAUAAAAUGAGAAGCGUUUUAAAGCUACAGUUUUUAUUGGCAUCAAAUGAAGAGAUAUCCUUUUUUAAGUACAAAAAAUAUUCUGAACAUAUUGCUUUAUAUAUAAAUUGUCAUAUAUUUGGUUCUGUAGGAUCCGUUGGAAAAUUACUUCCUCUAAAUUGUAGAGACAGUUAGAAAUCUUUAUACACAUGUUUUGCCCCUGGAAUGUUGAACUUAUGCUACUGCUACAGUACGG